CUCAGUCGGUCUCCAGGCACCGGGAGGCGGCUCCCCCCCACCACCCCCCGGGCCGGCCUCCACCGCAGUCUGUCCGGCCCCCACCCCCGGCGCGCGCUCCUCCGCACCCACAAGGGCGUUCAGCAGCCGCGCCUCCCUUUCCCGCCGCCGCCUCCUUUUCCGCUGGCUGUGGCGGGCGAGGACACGUCAGGGGCCAUAAAUAAAUAAAUAAUUCCAUUCACCCGUUGACAGCAAGGCGAACCGGCUGCGGCUUGCGGGGAACAGAGGGCUGCAGCGCCCACCCUGCGCCAGAGACCAGAUAAAGAGUCAAUCUUAAGAUGUGAUGCUUUCAUGUGAAACCUGAAACAAGGUGAUCUGGGGAACCAAAGACUCUAGGACUCUUCGUGCCAACAGAGCUACUCUAUAAUCCAAAAUCUACUCUACCUCUCUUCAUUUGUAAUACUUUCAAAUAUCACACUUCAAGGUUUAGUGACUAGGCCUAAAGAUUUCACAUAUAAUCCAAAGAAAUCUGUUCAAGUGGACAUCUAUCAACAGAUUACUUGAAUUUUCAUUAGAGGAGCAGAAAUGCCACCAAUGCCAAGUACCCCACCUCCGCAUCCACCUCCAGAUGGAGGAUGGGGCUGGGUUGUGGUUGGAGCAGCUUUUAUCUCCAUUGGAUUUUCAUAUGCAUUCCCUAAAGCCAUCACCGUAUUCUUCAAAGAAAUUCAGCAAAUAUUCCACACUACCUACAGUGAAAUAGCAUGGAUAUCAUCCAUUAUGCUGGCUGUUAUGUACGCAGGAGGUCCUAUAAGUAGUGUUUUGGUGAAUAAAUAUGGCAGCCGGCCGGUGGUGAUAGCAGGAGGCUUAUUAUGCUGUCUUGGAAUGGUGUUGGCCUCCUUCAGUAGCAGCGUGAUCGAGCUGUACCUCACUGUGGGAUUCAUUACAGGUUUAGGGUUAGCCUUCAACCUGCAACCCGCCUUAACAAUAAUUGGCAAAUACUUCUAUAGGAAGCGACCCAUGGCAAAUGGAUUGGCCAUGGCAGGAAGUCCUGUUUUCUUAAGUUCAUUGGCUCCUUUCAAUCAGUACCUUUUUAAUACUUUUGGCUGGAAAGGAAGUUUCCUGAUUUUGGGAAGUCUACUUUUGAAUGCCUGUGUGGCUGGGUCCCUCAUGAGACCCCUUGGACCCAGUCAAACCACUUCUAAGUCUAAAAAUAAGACUGUCACAUCAGAAGACGAUUCAGGCCAGAAGAAAAUCAAACCGAAGAAAUCAACUUGGGAAAAAGUUAAUAAGUAUUUAGAUUUCUCCCUUUUUAAGCAUAGAGGAUUUCUGAUAUAUCUGUCUGGAAAUGUCAUUAUGUUCCUAGGUUUUUUUGCCCCUAUUAUAUUCUUGGCUCCAUAUGCUAAAGACCAGGGAAUUGAUGAGUACUCGGCAGCUUUUCUGCUAUCUAUUAUGGCUUUCGUUGAUAUGUUUGCUAGGCCUUCUGUAGGAUUAAUUGCAAACUCCAAACAUAUUCGACCUCGAAUUCAGUACUUCUUUAGUUUUGCAAUCAUGUUCAAUGGAGUGUGUCAUCUCUUGUGCCCGCUGGCACAGGACUACACAAGCCUGGUAUUAUAUGCUAUAUUUUUUGGCCUUGGAUUUGGGAGUGUUAGCAGUGUUCUCUUUGAAACUCUCAUGGACCUCGUGGGUGCACCAAGAUUUUCCAGUGCCGUCGGACUUGUCACAAUUGUGGAGUGUGGCCCAGUUCUUCUUGGCCCUCCUCUUGCUGGUAAAUUGGUGGAUAUAACUGGAGAUUAUAAAUACAUGUACAUGGCCUGUGGGGCUAUUGUGGUAGCAGCAAGCGUGUGGCUGCUCAUUGGCAAUGCCAUCAACUAUAGAUUGCUUGCAAAGGAAAGGAAGGAGCAAAGUGCAAGAAAGACGACCAGAGAAUCGGAACGCUUGAGCAAAUCUAAACAUUCGGAAGAUGUUAAUGUCAAAGUUUCAAAUCCACCGAGUGUAACCUCAGAAAGAGAAACUAAUAUUUAACAAGAAUCACAUCUCUGAUUUCAGUGUUUAUUGCUUUCCCUAGCAGUUUGUGUUUCAUUUUGUUUUUUUAAAGUAUUGGAAAAGUUUUUAACUGAAAUGAGGAGUCACAAUUAAGGAUGGAGAUGAUAUUUUCCUCAAUGGCAAAUUUUAAAUUAGUUUUAAAACUUAUUUGGGUAAAUUUUGAGAUUAUGCAUAGAAAGAAUCCAUGCUACAGGUUUAUUUCCAUAACUGACUCUGGAUGUGGUGGUGAAAAUACUAAUUUUAAAGUCUCCCAGUGACUUUCGGUCUUGGUUAUGUGGAAAGUUCUGAAUUUCAAACCCCUGGUUUAAGUAGGUAGAAGGAGGAUGCCUAAUCCUACAAAGUGAUCCUUAAUACAUUUCAUUUUUUUGCUUGAUAUUAAUGUAUGAGAUAGAGAUGGAGAGACAAUUAAUUAUCUCCUCUUACACACAAACACACAUACUCCCACAUGCUUACCCACAUGUACACAGAGUGUCUGGAGAAUAAAAAACAAAUUAAAAAGAAGUGAUAAUUUAUUUUUAAGGUAAAAAAAUCCAUGAAGACAAAAGAAACAUAUGUCUGUGUGCUACUUUACAAUGUUAGUUUUAAAGAUAAGCACAUGGGUAAAAAUGAGGGUGAUCCUUAUUCAAAAAUAUAUCUGACUGCUAUAAAAGUAUUUGCAUAUGUAAAUUUGACAAAGAAAAGAAAAUCAAUGUAAAACCAUUAAAUCUGAGCACUGUUAGACUUGAUUAAUCCAUGAGCAUGAUUUUUUUUUUUGAGUAGGAGGCAUUAGUACCUGGUGCUAGACAAUAAAACCCUCAAAUAAUUUUUAGAAUUCUUACCUAACAUGUAAAAGUCUGCACGAUCUUAACAAUGAGCCACAUCCAUUGAUUUUACAAGGAUUUUAGUUCGUAAUCCAGAAAGUAAUAAUCAGGGAUUUUAUUUUAAACAGGCCUCAAUCCAGAUUCGCUGUUAUACUGAAA